GAGAGAGAGAGAGAGAGAGAGGGAGGGCCUCUUUAAAGGCACUUUUGAAAAAUCGGCAGAAUAUAACAGAUUGAACUUUCUGGAACAUGGAUGACUCGUCAAGGGAGGAUUUCAGCAACACAAUUCGUGUGCUUGUUGCAACCGAUUGCCAUCUAGGUUAUAUGGAGAAGGAUGAAAUACGUCGAUUUGAUUCGUUUCAGGCGUUUGAGGAGAUAUGCUCGAUAGCUGAGGAGAAACAGGUGGAUUUCUUACUUCUUGGUGGUGAUCUUUUCCAUGAGAAUAAACCUUCGAGGACAACUUUAAUCAAGGCCAUUGAGAUACUCCGACGGCAUUGCCUAAAUGAUCGCCCAGUGCAAUUCCAAGUUGUCAGUGAUCAGACGGUCAACUUUGCAAAUAUAUUUGGUCAUGUGAACUAUGAAGAUCCUCACUUCAAUGUUGGUCUGCCAGUAUUCAGUAUUCAUGGCAAUCAUGAUGAUCCUGCAGGAGUGGAUAACCUUUCUGCAAUUGAUAUCCUUUCUGCAUGCAAUCUUGUGAACUAUUUCGGGAAAAUGGUUCUCGGAGGCUCUGGUGUUGGUCAGAUCACUCUCUUCCCAAUACUUAUCAGGAAGGGUUCUACAUCAGUUGCUUUGUACGGCCUCGGCAACAUUAGAGAUGAGCGGCUCAACAGAAUGUUUCAGACCCCACAUGCUGUUCAAUGGGUAAGGCCUGAAGCUCAAGAAGGGUGUGAUGUGUCAGAUUGGUUCAACAUUAUGGUACUCCAUCAAAACAGGAUCAAGACAAAUCCCAAAAACGCGAUAAAUGAACAUUUCCUGCCACGAUUCCUGGACUUCAUAGUGUGGGGGCAUGAACAUGAAUGCCGUGAUCCACAGGAAGUUCCUGGGAUGGGCUUUCAUAUAACUCAACCGGGGUCAUCUGUUGCAACAUCAUUAAUCGAUGGGGAAGCAAAGCCUAAGCAUGUGCUUCUUUUAGAAAUUAAGGGGAAUCAAUAUCGUCCAACUAAAAUACCUUUGAAGUCAGUGAGGCCUUUUGAAUAUGCUGAGGUCAUUUUAAAGGACGAGGCGGACAUUGACCCCAAUGAUCAAUCAUCUGUUCUUGAGCAUUUGGACAAAGUUGUCAGAAAUCUGAUUGAGAAAGGUAGCAGAAAGGCUGUUAGUAGGUCAGACCUCAAGCUUCCGUUAGUUCGCAUAAAGGUAGACUACUCUGGAUUUAUGACAAUAAAUCCUCAAAGGUUUGGCCAGAAGUAUGUGGGGAAGGUUGCAAAUCCACAGGACAUCCUUAUUUUUUCAAAGGCUACAAGAAAACGUCAAUCUCUUGAUGGGAAGGUUGAUGAUUCUGAGCGGCUUCGUCCAGAAGAAUUAAAUCAACAAAAUAUAGAGGCUCUAGUUGCUGAAAGCAAUCUGAAAAUGGAAAUCCUUCCAGUAAAUGAUUUGGAUGUUGCAUUACACGACUUUGUUAACAAGGAUGACAAAAUGGCUUUCUACUCUUGUUUGCAGUACAAUCUCGAGGAAACACGUAAUAAAAUUUCUAAGGAAUCAGAUACUACGAAUGUUGAAGAGGAAGAUUUGAUUCUUAAAGUGGAAAAAUGCAUGCAGGAACGUGUAAAGGAUAGGUCACUUCGCUCUAAGGAAAGCACGCAAUUUACAUCCAGCUCACAGUUGUUACAGGAUAGGAGGGGUAAAAGUACUGCUGGUGUUGGGAGUUCAAACUCAUUUAGCGAUGAUGAAGAUACCAUGCAGACAUUCACGAGCUCAAAGUCUGCCAGCCGAGGCAGAAAAGGGUCAUCUGGAGCUUCACGGUCAUCUCAUGAUGCUUCAGAGCUUGGUCAAAGGGGGGCUUCUAAGAGAGGCAGGGGCAGAGGCUCUAGUAGUUUAAAGCAAACAACACUUGAUGCGACUAUGAGAAUCCGUAGUUCUGAGAGGUCUGCAUCAGUUUCUGCAUCUGCUGCCGUUAGAAGUAUUGCAGAUGACGAAGAUAACAUGGACUCUGCUUCAAGUGAUCAAUCAGAGAAAUAUGAGAUAAAUGAAGUCGUCGAUAAUUCUGAACCUGAAGAAAGUCUCCGAGGUAAAGGACGCAAAAGGGUUGCAAGGGGAAGGGGUAGAGGCUCUUCAACGGCAACUAAGCGGGGAAGGAAAAUGGAUAACUCCCUAAUCCAUAACAUGCUCAUUAACAAGGACGAUGACGAUGAUGAUGACGAUGACAUGUCAAACAGAUUAAAGAAAGCUCAACCUCGGGUGACACGGAACUACGGGUCUCUUCUAAGAAAGAAAUGAUUGCUGUCAUGGUUGGUUUUGGAUUCCCAUCAGCAAAGACUACUCAGGAUUGUCUGAUUGUUCAACGAGUGCCAUGCAAAUACAGCUGAAAGGCAGCAGUUCAGGAUUUGUCACAUUGUUGAUGGGUGCAGCUGAGUCAAGCUUGCUGUUGGAAGACGGUUCAGCUCUAGAUCAUCUAGCUUCUGGAGCUUUAGUUUCUCCUGUUAUUUCUCUUUCUGAGAUUCUAUGGAAUUCUUAUUACUUCUGAUUCUACAUGAUGUAGAUUUCAGUGCAGAUUGCUAUACUUAGAAAUGCUGUAUGCAGUUUUGGAUGUAGCAAAAGAAAUAGCGGCGCAUGUUAUUUUAGGAGUCA